AUUUCUUUACCACACUUCAGUGAAUCUUUAAGUCCUAUAAAACCACUGGAAUACACGAUUCAUAUUAUUCUGUUCCAACUUUUUAAAGAGUUAACAAAAUGUUCAGUCAACUAGUAGCUUUUGGUGUUCUAGUGGCAUGUGCCUACGCCGGCUUAUACGACGGCCAUGGUCAUGGCCACGCUGUCUCAUCUCAGAUCGUCGCUCGUUAUUUUAAGGGGCCUGCCGUGUCCCCUGCACAUUAUGGUCACUAUGUUCAUGCGCCAUAUUAUAGCGUCCACGAUUAUUACACUUAUCCCAAAUACGACUACGCUUACUCCGUGGUUGACCCUCACACCGGUGACCACAAGUCCCAGCACGAGAUCCGCGAUGGUGACGCAGUGCACGGCUCCUACUCUCUGCUGCAGCCUGAUGGCUCCGUGCGUACUGUCGACUACACCGCCGACGACCACACUGGAUUCCAUGCAAAAGUGCAUAAGUCUGUUCCACACGUAUAUAAGUCAAAUUAUGGACGCUAUCAUUACUGAUUUAAUAACGCACUAAUUUUGUAAUUAUCUUUGCACAAAUAUGGAAAUCAAAUACGUUUUUACACUCGUCCUUAUUUUUUAAUUGUUAAUUAAACUAUACAAUAGUCAGUAUUGUCUACACACGUACAAUUAAACUCUUGUUUAGUUAAAACUAAAAGUGCAGCGGGCUUAAUGAAAUUAACUAAGAACAUUUAAUACUAACGAAUAAUGUAAAACUAUUGUAGCGUCUUUGGAUAGUAUUGAAAUUAGGUCGGAUAACGAGUACGGGUCUAAAGGACGGUAAGGUUCGGAAAAGUUCCCCGAAGCGGACACUUGCGGGAUUUACCUGGUUGUUCUGCAAUGCGCGUAUUUGAUGGUCUUGCUGCACUGUUUGUUCAUUCACAACUAUCUGACACUUCCUUCUCCCUAAGCCCCGCAUGCGUAUGUGUCAACGCUCAACUCAAAGUUCGAAUUCCGAACCAGAUGUUCCAAAAGACGAAGAAAGAGCGGAGGAGGAUGGAAUGUGACAAAGGGUCGAAGAAGGUCGGUUGGAAUAAUAAAUAUGAGGAACGCGGAGACGAAACAACUAUGUUCUUGCUGCAUCUAUCUUACAAGAAGUCGUGCAAUAUUAUAAUACUUAAUUCAUUGUAAUAAAAAAUCAGCUAACAAUUGUCGACAAUGUGAUUUAAUGUAUCAAUCAAAUUAAUUGUCUCUGACAUAAUUUUUAUAGAGCAAUGUGCCUUGAAUAGCAAAGUCGUAAAGUCAAGGUACAUAGUCGCCUGACUGUAUAUCAUUUUCGUGCACAUAUUGUUUUAUAAAAACAUUAAAUUCACCAGAAUUCGGAUCAAUCUUAAAUCUGUAGUUAGACGAAAUGUUAUUUCCUUUCAUGUGAUAAUUAAAAUGUGAAUUU